CAGACGAUUUUCUUGUUCUUCCCAGUGUUAAGUUUUCGUUUGUCUAGUCUCAGCCUGACGUUUAUCAAAUAGUAGAGUACUUUAUAUUUUAUUUAGUUCCAGCAGAAGAUCAACAACACAGCUAGUUAUAAGUUUGUAUUAUUUAUUGUUAUGUUGAUUUCAGAAACGCGUAAAUCAUGCAGAGCGUAAUCAACACUGUGAAAGGGACUGCUCUGGGAGUUGCAGAAUAUUUGACACCUGUUUUGAAGGAAUCAAAGUUCCGAGAGACAGGAGUGAUCACACCCGAGGAGUUUGUAGCAGCAGGAGAUCACUUGGUACAUCACUGUCCCACGUGGCAGUGGGCGAGCGGAGACGAGGCUAAGACAAAGCCAUAUCUGCCCAAGAACAAACAAUUCCUAAUCACUAGGAAUGUGCCGUGCACCCGACGAUGCAAACAGAUGGAGUACUGUGAUGAACAGGAACGUCUCAUUGAGACGGAGGAUGCGGAUGGAGGUUGGGUGGAUACUCACGGCAUGGACCCUACGUCCUCCGGUCUCGACGACAAAGUCUCCGAGAUGACCAUUGAAGAUGUCACCGAUUCACCACUCAAGAGGCCCAAUGCAGUGGAGAACGACGAUGAAGAUGAUGACGACGAAGAAGCAAUAGAUAUGGAAAAUUUUGAGGAAAGUGGCAUGUUGGAAAUGCAAGACGAAGCAACAUACGAUGUUCGCAAGGAAAAACUGAAAAACAGAGAUUGCGAAGACGGAGAAAUAGUGAGAACUAGAACGUACGACCUUCACAUAACCUAUGACAAGUACUACCAGACGCCUCGGUUGUGGCUCUUCGGCUACGACGAGAACCGCAAGCCACUGAAGGUAGAGCAGAUGUACGAGGACGUCAGUCAAGACUAUGCCAAGAAAACAGUAACUAUGGAGUCUCACCCCCACCUGCCUGGACCUCCCAUGGCAUCUGUACAUCCCUGCAGACAUGCUGAAGUGAUGAAGAAAAUAAUCCAGACAGUGUUGGAAGGAGGAGGUGAACUGGGCGUUCACAUGUAUCUCAUUAUUUUCCUCAAGUUUGUCCAAUCAGUCAUACCCACCAUUGAUUAUGACCACACUAAGAAUUUUACCAUGUGAUCUAUCAAACUUUUGGUAUUUUUAUAUGCUGAAGCACUAUGUGUGCAUUCCAUUAGUCUAAGAAUCAAAGUAACCAAUACUCUUUAAUUCUAGCUUUACCUUUUGUUAUCUUGCGUAAAAACGCUUUUAAGUAAACUGUAUGUAAACAUUUUUUAAAGAAUUUUCAGUUUGCAUCAGCAGGUAAUUCUGUAGUAGGGAAUUCUGCUUAUUUAUUUGAGUUGUAAUUGUACUUAAAAGAGUGGUACACAUCGAACAAGACUUUGUAAUUGCUGUCAGUAUACAGGGUGUUCAAUAAAGGCGGGACAUUGUUUUUGUGGCGAUUCCUUGGGUCAAAAUAAGCAAAAAGGUUUAUGUAAACAUAUGUCCUAUAUUGUUUCUUUUAAGGUCUGUCUGUCUAUGUUUUUUUUUACAAAAAUACAUCCUUUUAAGGGUUUAAGCUAAAGCGUUGAGAUAGAUGCUAAAAGAAAGGAGAACACCAUUUGUAUUAUUUUGACCCAAGGAGUCACUAGCAUACAUAAAUUAUGCCCCACCCUAUAUUCUAUUACUAUUGUAUGAACUAAUUAUAUUUUUGCAUUUUUGUCACUAUCUAUUUUAGCUCAACUAAUCAAUUGGCUUCUUUAAGAGUUGUGAAAUCGGUGUACAUAAACCAAUGUAAAAAGAACUAAUUGUGUCUUGUGUGUGCCGCUGCCAAUUUAAUGUGAGGAAGAACAAGUUUUAUGAUACUGCUAACUACGCUAAUCAGAUCAAGUUUUGCUCGAAAACCUUCAAAGUCUGUUGUUACAGUAACCAAAUUCUUGUUGUUUAGUCAUAAUGCAUUGCAGAAAGUAACACUUUUGUUAUAAAUUCGAGAAUUUUAACAGCAAAUUAUUCAACUGUCAACUAAACCUAGUAAUUUUUAAAAUUACAUUUGGCUGUAUCUUAUUUAUUUACUUAUUCUUCCUAUGCAAAUCUGAUGUGCAGAUGGCCAUAACACUAUUUGAAACAAAGCUAAUAGACAAGUGCUCGUCAAUGUCAAUUUUUUAUUACUAAUAUCAUUUGCCUCAGUAAAUUAUUCACUUAAAGAGAUUUCUUAUUAGUCCACACAAUUAAGACCGAAUAGAGGAAACAAUUCAUGUUGUUUAAGGGCCCUUCCCCUACAUAUGUACCAAAUUUGGCUUAUACAUGAAUUUUGUCCUCUAUUUGGUCUUUUUGCCUGGACUACAUGAUCUUAAGAUAUCAGAAUUUAAUUAAACAAUGAGACAUUUCCUGCUUAGAGCUCUAAUAUCCACAUAAUCUACCCACCAGAAUUAGACUGCUUGAUAAAUAGCCAACGUUUAGUUUAUUUAUUUUUAUCAAAUAUAUUCAGUAUUUUGUAACUUUUUUAAAUGUUAUUUUACUAUCUUUUAUCUUACAAUAUUAGUAAUUAUUAUUUUAUUUCAAAUAUUGCACUAGUGUUUUAAUGAUAAUAAUUAUCUACGUCAUUAUUAUUAGUAUAUACAACAUUAAAAUAGUCAUACAGUCUUUCAAUAAUAGUUAAAAUCAAUGCUAUUUUUUAUUAUUUGCUUGACAAUACAUACUCAAUAAUAUAAUUGCUUGCAACACAAAGCAGUGUAUGCCUUUGCAAAUUGUUACAUAUUGCGAGAUUGAAAAUUCCGUAAUGAAAUAAGGGAAAUGUUGGUCUUGAUAUUUACAGUGUAGUUUAAUUAUUUGUGGGACUUUUAGUGUUGUUUUUAAGAUUUUUCUGAAUAUAUAUUUACAAUUUUCUCAUUUUCUCAUUUUGCUUAGGUAUUGAUUGUAGGCCUAACGCAAACUAAGAAGUUUUUAUUUGUCACAGAAAUUUGACAACAAUUCUAGUAAAUUAAAAAAGUGUGUGCAGUUGGAUCUAUUACAUCGUUUUACAAAGUACUUACCAUGCUGUAGAUUCAACACUAACAUUGAUUUAGCCACAUUUGGUGGAAAUAAAAAACCCAUUCAAAUAUUGUAUCUGGAUGAAAUUGGGAAUCUUAUAAUGAGUUAUUUUAUUGUUGGUAAACUUAACUACGUUUCCAGAAAGGAUGUUGAAAGAUUAAUCAAAUGUAUCAAUUAUUGAGGUGUCUUAAAUGUUGAGUCUUGUGUGUUAUCAGUUUGAUUUUAAUGUUUUUAAUAGUGAAUGGCAUUUAACAAAUUAUUGCAGACAUUUUCAAUCAAAAUAAGUAAAAUAGUAUAUUAUAAUUGAAGUAGAGACUGUAAAAUGAUUUAGGAUAGAAGAAAUACCCCUAAGGAUUAAAUAAUUAACUUUUCGCUACACUACUGUGAAAUAACCUGUUUUUGUUACAUGUUUAACAUCUGCGAAAAUGCAUCAUUACAUUGUUUACUACAGCAAAAGAAUGUUUACUAUGCUAAAGUAAUGUUUACUAUCUUUUUUGGAUUUUGUCGACGUAAGCAAAUAAAGAUUUGUUGUUGUUUUGUCAACUGUAAAGAAAACAUUACCUAAAAAUGCUAUGAGCUUUGUCAUGUUCCUAAUUGGAUUGAACCUGUAUAUUUUAAUGAAGAAUAUAAGUAGUCUUUGUGGUGUAGCGCAAAGUACCUUUCAAAACACGAGUGAAAGUGGGUCUAUACAUAUUCUCAACCAUUUAUAGUUAUCGAUAAAUCUCACACUUCAAACAUGGGUCUCAAAUAUGUAAUGACCCACCUUUAUUCUUGUUAUGAAAUGUACUAUAUCCCCACAAUACAUGUAUUGAAAACAACUGUUUCCUCUGCAGUAUGACAAAAUAGUUAAUUUCGUCACUAGGGCCCAAAGUGACUCUUUUUGUGCUGAGCUCUAGUUCACAACCAAGAUGAAGCCAAUGUUGUGAAAUGAGCAUGGGUUGAAAAGAGGCUUUUGACCAUGUGAUGAACUAUAUUAUACAUCAUACUACAUUGUUGUUUAAGCCAAAUAAUUCAUAGAACGUAAUUUUUGUAAUUUUUUACCGGUACCUUAAAUAGUCAGCUGACAAAUGAUUACCUUCUUGUGUUGCUAUUACAAACAGCUCUUACGUGACCGCAUGCCUCUUCAUGCACUGCAACUAACUUCCAGCUGUUACGUAUCAUUUAAGCUGCCAUAUCUCGGUUAAUAUUUGUCCAAUCUUAAAGAUUAAGGUGUCAAUCGAUUUGUAAUUCAAUUGCCUUAAAAAAGUUAUUCUUGUAAAAUUGUUGUAAAAUCAACAGUUUUCGAGUUAUUUAAAAAACAAAAUUAUAAAUGGCCGCCAUUUUGUUUUAUGAAUUUGGAAAAUUGUCAUAAUUUUUUUGUAGUUUUCUCUAGUUUUUAUAAAUGUCUGUGCAAAGUUUUAAUUUUGUAUGUUGAAGCACUUUUCAGAAAAAAAAUUAAUAAGUUAAAACAACAAAUGUGAGUAACUAAGGACUUCCGGACAAUUUAAAUAUGAUAUUUUGAUAUGUUUAUUACCCAGGAACAAUGCCCUAAAAUAUUGGUAGAGCGUUCCGGGACACCCUGUAUAUAUGAUUCCGCCAACACAAUAAUAAUAACACAAUCAAAUGUUUAUAAUUACACAGUACCAUAUUUGUAAGGACUAAUUUCAAUGGCAAAAUCAGCAGAAGAAUGUUAAACAUAUAAAAAUGUGACUCCAGCUGAUUAUUUAUCUCCAUUGGGGGAAAGAGAGAUUCUUUAGCCCGCCACGCAAAUAUUCAAAAAUAGCCGUUUUUUCUGUAGUAUGACAAAAACAACUUUUCCUGACAUCCAGGGUCAGAUUGCAAAACACGUUUUAACAAUAGUAAUGGGAAAUGUCUGCAAAAAUUUUAUAAAAUUACCUACAUAAAUUUGUCAUUAACCAUCCAUGAAUCAAAGCUCAGUGUGAUUACGGUAUUAAAUAGUUUAUGUUACGAUGUAAACGUGUUUGGUAUAGUGAGCUAUUUUGUUGCACAAUUGUUUCCUCAUUCAGUUUUACAAUAGUCAUCACUUGUACAGUUUGUUGUUUUUUUUGCUUGUUUGUGAUAAAGUUGUGAUCUUUGAGGUGCCACUGUUUGAAUGAAAUAUAUUUAGUUAAACUGCCGCUUGAAAAAUGUUUCUUCCGAACCCACUAAACUUUUCCUAAAUUUUCU